UAUCAAGGCGCUCGAUCUAAAGAUGACUUCCUGAGCUUCAUUGAUGAAAAGAAAUGGCAGAGCAUAGAGCCGGUCUCUUCCUGGUUUGGCCCUUCAUCCUUCCUGAUGAACGCAAUGUCAGCCCUCUUCAAGUUAUCCAUGUUCAUCAGGCAUUGCCAUAAUUACUUAACGGAGCAGCUGGGUGUCCCAGUGUGGGGCUCGUUUGGGAUAUUUGCUUUAGCAACACUCAUCUCAGGAUUGGUCCUUGGAUUGGUACUAGUUUUCAUCGCCGAUUUUGCUUUCCCGUCACGGCGGUUUGCACCAAAUUAUCACCACCGGAAACUGCCUGCUGGGCAGGUACGUCUCCUGCAGCAGUUGGAAGAUGAACAGGAAGCAGAUGGAGAGGAAGAGGAUGAUGAUGAUGAUGAUGAUGAGUACAGUGGAAAGACUGAAGAGUGGCAGCGAGCAGACGGAGCCGAUGUGCUCAGGAGAAGAGGAGUGGGUGUGCUGGAGGAGGACACCUAGUGAACUGGAGAGGAACUGCCUCUCGCUCACUGCUCACAAAACCACCACACAAACCACAUCGCACAAACCACAUCGCUACAGUAGUGCCCUGGCAGCGCUCAUUAAGCUUGAUGUCACAUGUGAUGUCAUAGCUUCCUCUGAAAGAUUGAUGUGGUUGUGCUUUUCUCUUUUUCUUGCCGCUAGUUUGUGUUUUCUCUUUUCCACCUGUCUAGUUUUAAUUAUUACACUCCUUGCUAUGCAGUAUCUCUAGAGUGUGUGUGUGACAGAGGAAUAUUAGGACUUACUUUACGGAAUUUCACGACUCACAGUUGCAAUAUUCCCCAUACAAAUUCUGAGCAAAAUAACCAAGCUCAAACAACAAUCUCACUGUGAAUCUGUUGUAAAUGAGGCUUUUUGGGAUAAGAAAGCUUUUGUGCUUUACUUUGUAAAUAUUUUAUUAUUUGAGCUUUUUGGAUGCCUGUUAUAUAAAGCCAGAAUGUUCAGUUUGCUGUUUUAAAUGUUUUUUCUUCCAACUAGAGUUCAGC